CUCUAUGAAAUGGGCACCGGAAAAAAUUACACCUCCUCCUCCUCCCCCUACGGCGCCUCCUCUUCGCGGGGCUACACUCCCUCCUCCUCCUCCCGACCUCCCUACAACCGCACCAGCAGCUAUGACCCUCCCAAGUACAGAUCCUCCAGUGUGAGCGACACCAUCAAAAAGUUUGGCACCGGGGACAGCAGCAAAUACGGCACUGCGUCCGGUUACGGAGCCGACAGAUACCAGAGUGUGGACAGAUACCCAAGCCUUGACCGCUACUCUUCGCGCAGUGGCUACAUGUCCGACUACGGGGGCGGCAGUCCCUACGGGUCCUGGGACAGAGCCUCUACACGUAGCUCCAACAGUCGUUACGGCGCUGGAAGUCGCGAGGGAUCGCCAGUGUCCACUCGCUCCUCUCGUUAUGACUAUAGCAGCAGCGCGUCAGGACCCUAUUCGACCUACUCCAGUUACAAAAGCGGAUCUGACGCCUCUCCCGUACCUAAACCCGCGGCCGCGCGUGCGUAUGAGCGACAGAACUCACGUGGGUACGAACAGAGCACGACGGGGGGUGAGCGCGGAGACGCGCGCCGCUCGUCAGCUAGCGGGGGCGGGGGAGGAGCAGGCAAGAGCCCGGGUUUACCUGUCCCGCGGAGGGAGGAGGGAAGCAAACGAGGGCGCCGUGCGCUGUCAGUGAGCAGUGAGUCGGACGAUAGCGCGCCCGAGGCAGAGAAGAGAGACCAGUCGGUAAAGUUUCUGAUCUGCCGGGGGACUUCACCAGUGCCGGAGGGUGAAGCCAGAGAACCCAAGGUGAAGGACAAAGCUAGUAUUUCGAGGACCCGGAGGAUCAGAGUCCCCGACAAAACUACGAUAAAGAGUGAGAGAAGCGGCAAGCGAGGAGGCGGCGACAAAGGGACGGUGGACUGCGCCACACAGACCAAUCUCGACCAGCCCGAGCGGCGGAGACAGAGAACUUCCUCCAGCUCCAGUUUCGCGCCAACUCCUAACCAGCCAGGUGAGACGUACUACAAGUACAGAGACAAAGUCCUAGGGGCUCCAACCCCCACGCACAGCGGGUAUGGAAAGAGUAGCGGCUCUUCCACCAGCUACAGUAAACCGUCCACGCCGCUGUCGAGAAACUCUUCCCGCUCCACGCUCAAAGACGACGCGCGUCGGAGUUACGCGGACGAGGCCGUGAGCACACCGCCCAACGAGCGCUCGUGGCGACAGUCUGUAUACGGCGAGCCUCCAACGACGCCUCGGGCACGAAGGGAGAGCAUGGAGGAGGAGGAGGAGAGUGAUACAGACGACAGGAGCAGUCGGCACAGCCGGCGCAGACGGGAGGGCGGAGCUAGGACCAGCACACCCUCCACCCUCAGAGACCGGGACGUGGAAGACGACAAACGUUCAUCUCGGAGGUCCAAGGCGUCCAGGUCUAGUUCUCGUGAGGACAUGCUGGACGAAAAACCGCGGAGGAAACGUCACUCUAGCAAGGAGCUGUUGGACGAGAGGGAACCUGACGGGGGCGAUAAGACACCUUUGACCCCAGAAACGUUGUCUCUACGGGACAGCAUCGAAAAGGUGCACCAGUGGAAGCAGAAACUGCCCCCACCAGAGCCCAUGUCUCCAGACGGUCGUCACUCCAAGCGUCACCCCGGGGUUGGGGCAGAGAGCAGAGCGGAGUACGAGGAUGCGAGGCGAGGGUCACGAGUAUCCCGUCAGUAUAGCCAAAGGGAGGAGUCCCCGCCGGCUCACUCAAGAGACAAUUCACCCUCCUCCCGACGCUCUAAACACAGGGGCUCCCGACAUGCCUCGCGACAAGGCUCCAACGAUAGCAUCCUGGACGACGACGAGCGCGAUCCCAGACUGCCCAACAAGGACUUCCGCAAGUCGGAGCUGAACAAGGCAGACUUCUACGAUGACUCGGACGCUUUCGAGAGAGAACCUUCGCCCGGAGAGAUGAGGCGACGUUCCCGGCGGUCAGACGGACACGAGCCGGCGCACGGUGCCAGGGGAAGGAAGUCGGGCAGUUCCUCCGAGGCUUUUUCAAGGGAUGAGUCCCCCAACAGGCAUCGCCACAGCGGCCCUCGCAACGCCUCGGAGGAUCACAAGCGGCUGAGCCGUGACGGCUCACGAGAUUCACUUCUAGAAGAGAGACGUCGCCCGAAGCGAGACCAAAUGGACGAGAUCAGCGACAGCAACGGCUCUCAGUUUGGCUUCAACCGAGAGGACUCGCCCAACCGACGGAACAGCAAACAUGGAGGACGACACAGUCGGCAGAACUCCCGCGAAGAUGUGCUGGAUGACAGGGGUCGUAACUCCGCGAGACAGAGGCCCUCACAGCUGGGAGUUACAGCUGACGAGGACGGGGGGAAGCAGCGCAUGUCGCAGUCCAUGUCCCAGCAAUCGCUGGCUAGUCAGGGGACGCUGCCCGACAUCGUGCCCAGCCCAGGAGCCGAAUGGAAUGGCAAACCGGACCCGGCACAGGCCCAACAAGCACAGCAGAAACAGAGAAAGCAGUAUCAGGGUCAGAGGUCAGGCAUGAUUGGCGAGGUGGACGAUAUUGACAGUGUUCUCAAGGCCAAACUGCCGCGAGGUAACCCCAACAUCAUGGAUGAACCGGUCCCGCCCACCUCACACUACCCCCUCAAGCCCGCCCCUGCCUCCCCUUUAAGCCCCUCCUACGACGGUGGGGAUCCACGUAGGGCACGCCCCAACAGCUACGCCUUCGAGCAGAACGGAGGCAGCGGCGGCGGUCGUAGCAUGCGUCAGUCAAAGUCCCACGGGGACAAACUCAUCGACAUCGAAGACGAGGCCAUAGAAGCGCAACACGUAGGAAACCUGUCUGCGCCUCCACCUGGGAAUCAAACCCCGGCCAAAGGCAAGCGGGGUCCGCGGCAGGUCAGCGCCACUGCCCAGCAGAUGUGGGGCAUCCUACAGGCCAAGAAGGGCCUGGUGACCAUCACAGACUUCGUUACCUUGUGCGAGAAACCGGCGCCCCAGAGGAAGCUCAUCACAGUCCCGGGAGCGGAUGACAGUGACCAGCACUUCCACGGCUACCGGUCAGCUGACGAGCUGCUCGAGAACAUGGGCGUUGACGUCCGGAAGCUUGAGGACUGUGCCCUCCAGAUCUAUCGCUAUCACAGCGGCGCUCAAGCUGAUUUUGGAACUUAUUUGGAUUUAGAAGCCACCUUAGAUGAGCAAGCUGAUGAGCUCGAGGGAUUUACUGACCAGCGCAAGAAUACACUCAUCCUAAGGACUCAGCUCACAGUCAGAGUUCAUGCCAUCAUCGAAAAACUCCUGAACUCCACGGGACGAGAGCUGAGACGGGCCCUGUUUUCUCUCAAGCAAAUCUUCCAGCUUUGGGUCAGGUCAUGCUCUAUGUGGACGGGAUGGAGGGAGUCAUUCGUCACAACGCCACUGUACAGUGGCUCUACUCCCUGCUGGCUUCAAAGGGUCGCCUGGUGGUCAAGACGGCCCUCAAGCUCCUGCUGGUCUUUGUGGAGUACACGGAGGCCAACACCGGACAGCUGGUCAAGGCCAUCACCUCGGUAGACAGCAGACGUGGGUUGCACCCCUGGACUAACAUCAUGGCCAUCCUGGGAGAGAAGGAGGGCGCGGACUCGGAGCUACUGGUCUAUACCAUGACGCUGGUGAACAAGGUGUUGAGCGCCAUCCCAGACCAGGACAUGUUUUACGAUGUGACGGACGCUCUGGAGGAACUGGGCAUGGACGCGGUCACCCAGAGGCACAUGAACAAGCAGGGGGCUGACCUUGACCUCAUCACCCAGUUCCAGGUCUAUGAAGGUUCCUUGAAACACGAGGAUGGUGAGGACUUUUCAGCUAUACCCCAGGCAGAGAAUCUCAGACGUGUGCCACGCAUGAAGAGCGAAGGUCAGGUGCGCAAGUCCAAGCGCCAUGAAGGUGGCAAUGACCGCAAGGUGAACAAAGCCCCGCCUCCUGCCGCGCAGCCAGCUGCCGCGACCCCAGAGACACCAGCAGAGGCCUUCAGACGCAGGAGACAACAACAGAAAGAUUCUUUCGGAGCUCCCCCAGAAGACAACGAGCCAGUGGUUCCUCGCAGCCAGCAAGCUGAGAGACCCUCAGACCAGCUCGGGACCAACACGUCACCACAGAGUUCAAGGACGCGUCGCAGGAACCGUCAAUGCUCGCUCAUCAAAGAACAGCAGGAGCUGAAAAUGGUGAUGGAACGACAUAUGCAGCAACAGCAACAACAAAUGCUCUUUCAGCAGCAGUCAGACUUGCCCCCGCCACCGGCAGAAUGGACCAACAACUCACAGGCAUCACCCGUGUCAGACGUGCGUCCCUCACGCCCACGUCACAGUCUCCCCACGGCCUUCACUCAAGCUUCUCCAGUCCCUUCCUCUGCCUCCUCCCCCGACAUCAGCGCCUCUUUACCACAGACUUCCUUAUCCCCACGGGUGCCUUCUCUCUCGUCAAGUCUCACCUCCGGUGACCUGCAGCAGUCUCAGCCUUUCAGCGUUUCAGAAAAUCAGGGGAGCCCUGUACUACGCUCAAGGAAUUAUCCACAAAGAGAUUCAAGAAAUGGAGAUUAUCGAGAUACAGAGAGCCAAAACUUUUUCCUUUCUCGAACCGCCAGCGAUAUAUUCACAAGCUCAGGAAAAGACCCAGGACUUUCUUCUCACGUCUCUGGUCUGCCAGAGAAGCCGAUAGAAUAUGCCACAUCUGCUCAAACUCUCAACUCCCCCCGCACUCCGACACACCCCGCAGGUCAGCUCUCCCCGCGUAGUCCUGACACUGACCGACCCGCUUACUCCCUGCCUGGACAGAUUCCCCCAGAGGACGAGGGUAUCUCCUCUCUCUCCGACGGGCUCCCCACCCGCGACCGGUGCUCAGUAGCCUCAUCGCUGAGCAGUCUGAGCAGCAGCAGUUCGUACCCUGAGGGCGGCCACACACAGCUCUCUUCACACCACCCACACUUUACCCACCACCAGCGGGCCACCACUAGUGAAUCUGUCAGUUCCUACGACAGCUCGGGUAUUGAUGUCUCUUUUGACCAGCAGAAGUUCCCUCCUGGCAAGGGCUACAAUGAGUCUGGCUACCACAGCUUCGCUGAGGCCCAAUUGGACCCCAACUCUCUGGAAGCCCGCAACAAUGCCAUCAACGACGACCGCAAUGAGAGCAAUGGGCCUAGCUCAAGCAAUGACCGCUGGCUCAUGUACAAGCGCGGCCACCCUCAGGAGGACGGCAGCAUGGGCCCCCAGCCUCCACAUGGCGCUGAGAAUGGGUUACCUGCCCCGGGAGAAGGCAGUCAGCCUCCAAGCGGUGCCCCCGGCCUACCCCCACCCCCUGGUGCUAACCUCAAGAAGAACAAGAAGACAGUUCGCCUGCACUGGCGGGCUUUGCCAGGAACAGAAACCCACCCCAGUACCAAGGGAGAGCUCAUCUGGAAGCAGCUGGUGCCCGUUACCAUCGACACAGAGAAACUGGAGCACUUGUUUGAGACUCGCACCGCAGACAUCAAGCAAAAGGAUGUGAAACAAGACACGAGUGGGAAGAAGGAGAUCACAGUUCUGGACCCCAAGCGCUCCAACGCCAUCAACAUUGGCCUCACCGUGCUGCCCCCACCCCGCACCAUCAAGGCCGCCAUUCUCAAGAUGGAUAAUUCUAUCAUGAACAAAGAGGGCAUUGAGAAAAUUCUGACCACCAUGAUCCCGACAGAGGAGGAGAAGUCCAAGAUCCUGGAGGCUCAGAUGGCCAACCCUGAUGUCCCUCUGGGGACAGCCGAGCAGUUCCUCCUCACUCUCUCCUCUGUGUUUGAGCUGGAGGCCCGACUCAAACUCUGGCUCUUCAAGCUGGAUUAUGAGAAUCUAGAACAGGAAGUAGCAGAGCCGCUGAUGGAUCUGAAGAAAGGCGUCACGGACCUGCAGAAGAACCAGACGUUCCGGUGCAUUCUCUCAGGCCUCUUGGCUGUAGGCAACUUUCUCAACGGGGCAGCUAUCCGUGCAUUCAGCAUUGAGUUCCUUCAGCGUGUGCCAGAGGUCAAGGACACAGUACACAAGCAUUCACUGCUGCACCACCUGUGCACGCUCAUCAUAGAGCAAUUCCCAGACUCCUCCGAUCUCUACUCGGAGAUCGGGCCCGUCACAAGGUGCUCUCGGGUGGACUGGGAAGAACUGUUCCACAAACUCAACAAGAUGGAAUACGACUGCAAGGCUUCAUGGGAUCACUUGCGUGCAAUUGUCAAACAUGACGGCAGCUCCACAGAUUUGAAGGGAAAAAUGUCAUUAUUCUUGUCGGACGCAGCAGAGAGGAUCAUGAUCCUCCACAUCAUCCAUAAAAGAAUUCACAACAGAUACAACAAACUUCUCCUUUUCCUGGGCUUCCCGGUUCACGAUGCUCGGGAGCUGAGGAUCAACCAUUUCUGCAAGGUGAUCAGCGAGUUUGCCCUGGAAUACCGCACAACUCGCGACAAAGUUUUACAGAUGAUGCAGAAGAAAGCCAACCAGCGGGAGAGAAAGAAGACGCGAGGGAAGAUGAUCGUUGAUACGGAGAACUUUAAGGGCAAGGAGGCAGCCACAGACGAUCCCCUUCACAAGUUGUUGAAGAACGGGUACACCAGCGCUGACGAGAGGGGACUGCCAGGACAGAAGAGUCGCAGGAAGCUUGACGCUCGGUCCAUGGGGUCCCGCACCAGUGGAAUGACCACAGACUCUGACAUGUAUGACACGGGUGAGGAUGAGAUCCUUGAGGCCUGUGUGAGGACAGCCACCAAGCCCAGCUCACGGCCGCCACGGGAACGCAAACGAUCCAGGAGUCAACGAAAGUCCUGCAAGCCUCAAGAUAAGGUGCGGCGAACGCUGAAGAACGGCCUUGACUCUCAGGAGAUGCUGGUGGUGGAGGCCUUCUCGGACCAAGUGUAACGACAGAUCCCCUACCCCUGUGUGUGUAUGGCUGCUGACUGGGUUCAAAUCCUGCUAGUUCUGUUGGUAUGAUGCUUAAAGUCUCGAUGGGACGAAAGGAUGCAGAGAAUGGUGAUGGUGCAGUGGAGGAAGAUGGGUGCCAAUGAUGAUGAUGAUGAUGGCUGCAAAGAUGAUGGAGAUAUACAAUGAUAAUAAUGAUGAUGAUGAAGUGGAGGAUGAUGUCUAGACUUUGUCAAAUAUCCUGUGAUCAGAGACAGAACCUACAAACUCAUAGAGACGACCUUCUAGGAUGGGUCUUUUGUUCAGUUUUUCUCUUUCUUCUACAACAAGAUUCCCCUCCAUUGGAUGUCUUCUUUAAACUAUGGCCUUUGGGAUUUUUCGUCCUUUUUUAAGUCCUCUUAUUCUGUUUGAGAAUGAUUGCAGCCUGAUGAAAAGAAAUAUAAUGAACUUUUCUGAACUUCUCAACAGUUGUGAUUUCAAAACUAAAUUUCGUUCGUAGUACUUUAUUCUUGAGAAAACAGAAGUCCUCCUUAUGUGUGUCUCUGUGAGUUUGUCGGUAAAGGAAUGUUUCCAGAACUGUGAUCGAUUCCUGAAUAUGCUCAUCCUUGGGCUGUGUUGAGUGAGAAAAGCUUGCUGUGGUUGUGAGUUACGCCGUUCUGACCUUAGCGUUGAGGGAUUCUCAUUUGCUUCAGAGUGAAUCCUCUGUCAGUUUGAGCUGCUUAUGAUUCUGGCUUCAGAUAUAAGUCAGGCAAUGGUUUCCGAGUCCUGUUGUCAACGUUACAAAAGUGAAAUUAUCCUGAACCUUUUCCACUAGACUUAGUAAAGUGGAAUGUUUAAUAUGAUACCAUGUUGAUUUUCUAUUAUUAUUAUUAUAAUUACACAACUGUUUACCUAUACUGGAGUGUUGUAGUUUCAAAAAUAAAUGUUUUUCAUAAGCUGAACUGAGAUUACAUCAUAAUUAAGUCAUAAUUUUUUCAUAGAUUCGAUUGUUACUCUUAACGUUGACUAUUGCGUGUGCAGGGCAGGCAGUUAGGGAGAUGCUAGGAGCUAGGCUAGCACCUGCUGUGUGAAGGAAUUCCCUCGUGAACCUCUCCCCGAUACUUAAUACACCUGUGUUCUGAAAACACGUAAUGUCAUCUAGUCUUUCACGCGGCGUGACUGUCAAUUGUCGCCCGCAGGCACUGUUGAUCAACCCACAAGUUCAUUUUACCUGGUCACGCCUCUUGCCAGAAAUCUCAUUGCUGUUGUUUUCACGUUGGAUUUUUAUGUACGUUGUUGGUGUUGCUGUGACCUUUUCACUGUGUCCAGUGUUUACAGAGACAGCCCCCCGUGGCCUCUGUGUGGACUUGCUGAAAUGUGGGGCCCUUAUCAAAAGUUUGUCUCAUCUCACCUAUGACAAGGAAGAAGUUAUUAUAUGAAUAUUUUAAUCAAUUCAUUCUGCCCACCUACAAUUCAUGCUGGACUCUAUUUUCACAGAAAAUUUUGUUUGACCUCAAAAAGAAAGGGAUGGGGGAAAGGCUGUUGCUUCAGCUUUUGCUGAGAUGGUGGAGAGGUAGAGUGCUAGCCUUUGAUUCUGAGGCAGAUUGGGGCUCUGGCUUGAUGCUGGAAGUGGCAGGCAACUGUGAUGAGAGAGCAUUGGGGGCUCUGUAUGUUCAGAAUGAUUUGCCCACGAUUGAAGAAAGCCUUUGUAAGAUUGCCAGAUGUGUGGCGCGGUGGUGAAAUCCUAGUGCAAUAUUCUCAUUGGUUUGUUGUUUGUUUGUUUUUGCUACUUGUAUGAUUACACUGAAUUUUAUUAUGAUCAUGGAAGUGACUUGUUUUUGAGCUAUGAGCUGCAUGUUUCUAUACCUUUUGAUUUGUGUCAAUUGUCUCAAAAAUCGGAGCUGGUGGGAAGUCUCAGUUUUGUUUCAUUUUUAUUAAUUUUGGUUUUUUAACUUCUGAUUAUAUUUUUACAAUCCUCCUUGUGAUGUCAUGAGUUACACAAUCUUUCUGAACAAUAUAAAGUUUCAAUAAUAGUUCAUGUUUGAUCGAGUGCCUAUAUACAUAGUAAUCAAUGUACGCGUGUGAGCUUUUCAAGAGCUUGACUUAAAGGACACUCUCUCAAUAUAUUUUAGUUUUGAGCAUUACUACAUAGAUCAAGCUUUUGCUUCUUUCAGUUUUUAUGCAUUUGUUAUCAUUGUUUAAGGGAAGAAUGCUUACCUGCAUAAGGGCAAAUAGUGCUAAGUUUUCGUGUGUUUCAUAUUCAGUUUUUUUCUGCCCUGCCCCUCUGUCUUUCCCCCGUGAAAUGUUGGAUACUUAUUGCCUGGUGCAGUUUGCUCCAGGGAGAGAGAGCUCAUUUUUCCACCUAAGUGUUUCCUACUACUUGUGUGAGCUUUCCUUCAUACUCACUUCCCUGACUAGUCAGUCUUGAGAAACACAGCGCUGGUGAAUUUCUUCAAACUUUUGACUUUCUCGUGCUCAUGUCUGAUACCAGCUGUGACCUUGCUGUUGGACAGCUUUACCUUCCCAUCUCCUCCCAUCCUGUUUCCAUGGCUACCCCCGAAAGACCUUGUUGGACUCCACGACUGUUGAUUUGUGUGAGUGAGUGUUUCAGUUGUUUAUGUUGAUGAAGAGAAAAAUGUCUGCCUAUCAGAACUUUUUCUUGCUGAGUGUUACCCAAACUAAUUUUUAUGAACCGAAAGUCUAUGCAAACUUGUGGAGUUGUAAUUUUUAUCUUUCAAACUUUUUGAAAUUCAUUUAGUUGUGUAAAUCAGUUUUAAGCCCCAAGGCAAUAGCAUCAGAGCUGUCACUUCUAUCCAGAUUGUUAUAAAACAUCACUAUUACUUCCUGUACAAAUAUUUUUAAUAUAUUUUUUAAACAGUUGAAAAUGUGACGUUCAAACUAAGAAGUAUUUUCAGGGACGAUUACUCCUGCCAUGAUAGCACUGAAUGUGAAGUGAAAAGUGGGGACAGGGAAAGAUGUUUUCAAUAUAAAGGUUUUACCAAACUGGCCGUCCAUUGAAUUGUUCAAAUCUAUGCACAGUAUAUCUUAAAUUGUAUUGAUUGUUCAAAAUGCAACCCGAUAUACUUUUUGUGUCUCACGUUAUUGUCAAAGAGUCCUCAAAUGUUUUUUUUAAUGCAUAUAAAUGCCAAAUGUUAAUAUCUUCAAAUUGUUUGAAAAUCUCUUUGGUAAAUAAUCCUGACUCUAUUGGAUUGUCCUCAAGCAGUUUGUAACAUACAAGACGAGAGGGCACAUGACUAUGCAAAACAGUCAUGCAAAUUUUUUACUUUGUUUUUUAGGUCUUUGUUUAAUGAAAGAAGUGAUAAGAGACUUUUUGUGCUGCAAGUUGUGAAUGUGAGCCCAAACUACUUAAAUGGGUUUUUUUAGUCUGAAUAUAAUGAGCUUGUUGUUUUGUGUCAUUUUACUUCAUGAAAAUAAAAAACAAACAAAAUGAUGUGGGUGCUCAAAUUUCAAAGUUUUGAUCACCAAAUGAACUGUGACAAAAAGUCAGGGGCGAGGAGGGAGAGACAAAAUUGUCUGGAACAACCAACCGUUUUCGUCAACCACACAUACAAUCUUUGUUGACGUUGUACACUUUAUCUAUGGGUGUUCUUCCUCGGGGAGUUUCUGUGCCUGGUGUGUGUGUGUGCGUGUGCGUGUGUGUGUGUUUGUGCGUCUGAGUGGUGCAUGGCUGAGGGUCUGACGGAUGUCUUUCCACUCUCUGCAGGAAUCCCUGAAUUACCAAUUUGACCUUUCAUGUUUUUUCUUUUCACCCCAGACGUUGUGGGCUUUGUUUUUAGUGUACCUUACAGGUUCCUGUUCCUUCUAUUGUCUCUGACUCUCUGACUCAGCAUUUAUGAUUAUGCCACUUUUGAUUUCACAUUUGGUGAAAUGACUGUAUGAAUUCAUUUACAAAAUAAAUUCAGUAAUUUAUUACCUUCAA